CUAACCGCAACGAUGUCCGCCUCAGCGCUCCCGCACAGCCAUUUACUGCAAGGCGUCGCCUCAAGGCGUCACCUCAAACACACCUGGUUAGGCAGGCUGGUUGCAACUAAAGAGCGCCUCGCUCAGACACCGCACGCGACCCCACACCGGUCGGGAGGUGGCAGCGGGUCAGGGGAACUCCAUCAACAUCAACGUCAGCUUCAGUCCAGUCCUCAAGCUCCAGCAUCCAGCAGCGGCGCCCUUGCGGCGCCCUUGCGGCGCGGGCAAUGUACCUCGGAAUGGGCCUUUUCACCCGGGUCAAAAGCCCCUUUCGAGACUGGAAGGAAGGACCAGCGCCAGUAAUACUGGGGCCACAAAAAAAAGAUGAAAGCAGUCAUGUACUACUGUAGCGGUGUGGACGCGGCACGGUCCUGUCCGCGGCGACGCUGUUCCACACAUCAGCCGUUUUCCGGGCUCGGCCCUUUCACCCGGGUCAAAAGAAUGAAUACAACACGCGAGCAUGCAGCCGCGGCGGCAGCUACCGGCGCCGACGACGCUGGACACAACACAAGAAGGCCGUCGCCCACCGCGGCGGGGGCUCGCCCGCACGUCGUCGGCGACAUCCUGGCCGCCUCGUCUAUGGAAGAGGUGCUGCGCAGCGCCCACCACCUCCUGGCCGCCGCCGAGCAGCGCAUCGGCGACUACUGCAGCACCUACGUGGCUAUUCCCAGCCCCCGGCCCGACGCCGGCCAUAGCCGCGGUGGGGGAGGCAGCGGCAGCGGCAGCUGCGGCGACGACGUGCCUUCGCCCUCGCACGUGCUUGCCGACCCACAUCCGCAGCAGCCCGACCAGCGCGAGCAGGAGCAGGGUAGCCGGCGCUGCUGGCACGUAUACCGCAGCUUCAGCCAGGCGCGCCGGCGGCUGGAGGCGGCGGCGGCGGCCGAGGCGGCGGCGGCGGUUGGAGGCGGCGGCGGCGGCGGCACACCUGGCGUUGCUUGUACUGACCUGGAGGUAUUGGAGAAGCUGGUUAGAGAGGUGGGCUCCCGCCCCAGUGAGCUGGUGAGCGUGCUAGCGGCCAAUGAGCGGCUGCUGAGCUCGCUGGCAGGAGGCGGAGGUCGGGCUGGCGCCGGUGCCGGUGCCGUGGGCACCACCACGCCGCACACCACCACCAGCGCCACCAGCGCCACCAGCGCCACCACCACACCCGCCACCAGCGCCACCGGGGCCGGCGAGGCCCCCGGGGCCGGCGGCGGGCUGCCUGAGGUGGUUCCGGGUCUGCGCCAGUCUCAGGCCGAGGCGGUGUUCCGGCGACUGGACCGGCGGCGGCGGGGCUGGCUGGACCAGGAUGACCUGGUGGCUGGGCUGGAGCUGCUGGGCGAGCAUGUGGACGCCAGUGACGUGGAGCAGAUAUGCCUGGAGCUGGGAGCCACGGGCCGAGUGGACAUGCAGGCUGAGGACGUGGCGUCGUGGCUGCCUCGCUGGCUCUCAACGUAUCUCUGCUGAUAACCCUGGAUGUGUUGCGAUCGCUGUUACAACUGUGGCGCAAGAGAGGCAAAUCGUUUUAAAGUAGCAAAUUGCGUCGAAUGGGACAAGAAAUCGCGUGUUUGCGGCUCGCUCCACACCCUUCGUGGCCAACCGCUCGGCUGGGCAGGGCAAGGUGGCUGCGCUUGCUCUUAGCAUCCGAGCCGGCAAGCUUCGGUGGAGCUCAUUUUUGUUAAUGUGUACCACCGAACGCGCUGCCCUGAGGAGGAGAGCUGGUUCGCGGCACUAAUAUCGGUUCGCAUUCACGCCGCGAUCGACGUCAGCCAGAAAGGUUUUCACAGUGCAUUGUCGUGUUCAUGACGCUACUUCUUUCGUCGCUUGCAGGCCUUCUGUGACGUCGUUGCGGCGCAGCGGCUGGUGGUGCCCGGGAGCGACGGGGUCUUCUUGCGCCAUGUGUGCCGCACGCGGCCGGAAUGGUGGAGCGAUGUGCCGCACUUCCUCGACAACAGCCCCUGAGGCUGGGAAAUGCAUGUCCCCAAGAGAAGGUGUAAUUGGGUGUUCGUGAUGACUUGAAUCCGCCCGUGUGCGGUUAGGUGCGGCCCAGGUUGCAGCCAUCGCAUUGCACGCUGUCUAUCUAGGCAGGGCAAGCCUGGCACCCGAGCCGGUGUGAUGGGCUCACGAACUGAGCCGGUGUGAUGGGCUCACGAACUGAGUCCUUGAGCCCAGCUAGCAUCGCAUCUGCAGCUACGGGAGGAAGGUGCAUGGUGGAGGGCUUCCCUCCGCCCGCUGAGCCGCAAUGGGAGGGGGUGUAGGGUGUGUGAUGGGACAGGGUUCAAGGCAGGUUGGCGAGGUCCCGUAGGGUGCAGCUGAUGCCCAUACCCUCAAGCAGACGGCAAACAGUUUGCAGUGGCAGAGCAGAAGUGCAUGGCUGGUCGAACGCCGGAGGGGGUGUAGGGGGAAGGCAGGGGGUGCUCGCGAGGGCUCGCCUUUCCCUUGCGCCUGCCCCAAGACAUCCAUACUUGCUGGAGGUUGUACAUGUGUUGCGCGACCAUGGGGUUGUUGACGCGCAUCGGAAGUUCGUAACAGGAGGCAAACACAUGGCGCACGGUCCCGUCGAC